AUGGAGGAGCUGAGCAGCGUGGGAGAGCAGGUCUUCGCCGCCGAGUGCAUCCUCAGCAAGCGGCUUCGCAAGGGCAAGCUGGAGUACCUGGUCAAGUGGCGAGGCUGGUCCUCCAAGCACAACAGCUGGGAGCCCGAGGAGAACAUCCUUGAUCCAAGACUCCUCCUCGCUUUCCAAAAGAAGGAACAUGAAAAAGAAGUGCAGAAUCGGAAGAGGGGGAAGCGGCCCAGGGGCAGGCCCAGGAAACACGUGGAACCAGAGAUGCCUGCAAAAGCUAAGUCAAGUAGCUCCUCUUCUUCCUCAUCCUCCUCUUCUUCCUCCUCUGAUGAAGAGGAUGAAAGUGACCUGGAAGCAAAGAGAGGUCCCCGCAGCAGAGAGACUCACCCAGUACCCCAGAAAAAAGCUCAGAUCCUGGUGGCGAAGCCUGAAAUGAAAGAUGCUUCCAGGAAGAAGCGUGGGCGGAAACCUCUUCCCCCAGAUCAGAAAGUGGCUCGAAGGACUGUGAACCUGACAAAGGUGCUGAAAACAUCCCGGAAGGAGGUGGGUGGCAGCAGCAAACUGCUUGGGAAGCUGCAGCCUCAGCACAGCACGCAGGGCUCAGGCAUGGCUGUGCUGAAGGACCCACCAGGCGCCUUGGCUGGGCUCAGCUCAGGGGGUUCCUCUGCAGAAAACCUGCCCAACAUGAUGAAGAGUGGCUCAACAAGCCCCAGCCGGGCCAUCAGCUGGCAGAGCUCCAUUGUGCACUACAUGAACAGGAUGUCCCAAAACCAGAAUUCUGCAGAGACCUCUCCCCUGGGCAGGCUGGCGCUGAAGUCCCAGGCAUCCAGCAAGAGUAGCUUAGGGCUGGACUUGAAAAUGAGAAAUCAGAAAGGAUCUGGGGAGGUUGGGCUGAGCAUGCCAGGCCCCAAGGCUGCCAAGGCCCCUGGCAGCGGUGCUGGAGGGGACCAGAAAUCGGGGUUUGCUACAGGAGGCCAAAUGCUGCACAACGGCAGCAAGAUGCCUGGGAGCUCAUCCGGGGCCAGCACCCAGCUGGCCUCCAGUCAGGAGCUGAACCUCCAAGCCCUGAACCUGCAGAGUGUCAAAAACGGGCCAAGUGCAGCCAGUGGGGGCAGCCUGCCCCGCCACCUCUGCAGCGCCCUGUCCAAAGGCUCCGCUGGCAGCGCGGGUGCCGGCGGCACGAAGGGAGCGGCGGGCGCUGGGAUGAACGCUGCCAGUGCGCUCUCGGGGGGGGACGGCGGCAAGAACGAGAAGCACCGGGCGGGUGGCAGGGACUCGGCAAAAAGUGGCACAGCUGGCACACAGGAGGGGCACAUGGCCACGGAGAACCACAAGCCAGCCACGCUUUCCGAAGCGAGCACAGGAGAAGAGACCAGCUCGGAUUCAGACCGAGAUUCAGCUUCCUUCCCGGGUGUGGGUCAGAACAUGUCUGUCUCUAUCCAGACCAGCCAGGACUGGAAACCCACCCGCAGCCUGAUCGAGCAUGUCUUUGUCACCGAUGUCACCGCUAACCUGAUCACUGUGACAGUCAAGGAGUCCCCCACCAGCGUUGGGUUUUUCAAUCUACGGCAAUACUGAGCCCAGGAGAGGAG